AUGUUUUGCGGAGGCUCGAAAUCUGUCCAGCGCAAGCUAGUGCUGCUGGGAGACGGCGCUGCGGGAAAGACCUCACUACUUAACGUGUUCACCAGAGGAUAUUUUCCGACUGUGUACGAACCCACCAUCUUCGAGAAUUAUAUCCAUGAUGUCUUCGUCGACAACGUACAUCUCGAACUCUCCCUAUGGGAUACCGCUGGCCAACAAGAAUUCGAUCGCCUGCGCAGCUUAUCUUAUGACGACACCGACGUGGUCAUGCUCUGCUACAGCGUCGACAGCCGAGAAUCGCUCGAGAACGUCGAAAGCAAAUGGCUAGGGGAGAUCUCCGAAAACUGCCCCGGCGUCAACGUGGUUUUGGUCGCCCUGAAAUGCGACUUGCGCGAAUCGUCCAACGACGACGAUAAUAAUGUUGUCGGAGCCGAAGAAGGUCAGCAGGAACAAAGGGCAGAAAAACAAAAUCAAAACCUCGUCAACUACGAAGAGGGCAUUGCGGUCGCCCACCGCAUCCACGCGUCUCGCUACCUCGAAUGCUCUGCGAUGAGGAACCGCGGAGUCAACGAGGCCUUUACCGAGGCUGCCCGUGUCGCCCUCAGCAUCAAGAAGGAAGACGAGGGCCUGAAAUGCGUUGCCAUGUAG